AUGGCCAGCCACAACCCCUCCUUCCCACCCCAGAACCCCUCGCCUUCGACUUCCCCAGCAGACAACUGCGGCAGUCGCAGCCCAGGUGCUGCUGCUGACAAUUCUCCGUCUGCCGCCGGGACAGCCGCGAGCCCAGGCCUGGCUGGUGUGGACCACCGUAUCGCCGCUAUCGAUAACACGAUCUCUGAGCAUCAGAUCCAAUCGGGAUAUUAUGAGCCGCAAUCCAAUCUCAGAAGCGAUCUGCAGGCAUCGGAGUCCGCAUCGGUCGCCGGAGACAGCAGCAUCGGCAUCUCAGAUUCCAGCACCCACCCUCCGUACUCUUAUGGCGCCAACAAUUUCUAUUUUCGAUCCGAUGAUGCAGAUUCGGCUUUGGGAGACGACAAAGAAAGUUCGACCGUCUCGUUGACAGAGAGCGUGUUUAACUACCAGUACGAGAACGGCCGACGAUAUCACGCGUUCCGUGCGGGCGCCUACCCAUUGCCCAACGAUGAAAAGGAACAGGAUCGCAUGGAUAUGCAACAUCACAUCUAUCUCCUUAUCUUUGGCGGGGAGCUGUACCGGGCUCCUCUGCCGAAGCAUGUCGGUCGUGUCCUGGACAUCGGAUGCGGGACGGGGUUGUGGGCGAUCGACUUUGCCGAUAUGCAUCCGGAGGCAACCGUGAUCGCGACCGAUCUGUCAUGCAUCCAACCCACCUGGGUGCCCCCCAAUCUGCGGUUCGAGAUUGACGAUGCGGAGUCCGAGUGGCAGUUUAGCCAGCCUUUUGAAUACAUUCACAUCCGGAGUAUGGCCGGCAGCAUCGCAGACUGGCCGCGACUGCUGCAACAAGCGUAUGACAAUCUCGUUCCUGGAGGCUGGAUCGAACUCACAGACUUCGAGACAUGGGCCUCGACCGAUGACAACAGUCUUCCCGAAACCUCCGCCUACCACGAGUUCCAGGUCCGACUGUGCGAAGCGGCUGCGAUCUUUGGCAAGACGAUGAACAUCGCGCCCCAAUUUCAUAGCUUGGUGAAGAAUGCCGGUUUCACCGCAGUUACCGAGGAGACUUACAAAGUACCUCUGUCCCCGUGGCCGCGGGACCCGAAGCUGAAGGAGCUGGCCCUCUAUAUGAACCUGCAGAUGAUGGAAUCGAUCGAGCCAUACUCCAUAGCGCUGUUUACACGUGUGCUGAAAUGGGAUAACAAUCGCAUUCAGGGGUUGCUCGCAGGCGUCAGACAGGACUUGCGAAAUCUGAACUAUCACAUGUACUCUGUUGCCAGACAGCUGUUUCCACUGGAGCUUGUCUUUCGUCUCCCCGAGUCUGCUCCCAGAGCUUUCAAGGAGUAUGCUGGCCCUGAAGCGCCUGCACCGUCUCGAUGCCAGGAAAUGUUCCAAAACAUUUCCUCUUCGAACGACUCCACACGCGACGCAGUGACGACGGACAGAACCGCGGGUCGCAUGGGCAGCCGUCCUUUUUUUUCUGGCCAGACCCAAAUCUCCAGAUCAUCCUCAUCUCUGGGACAACUUCGACGCGCCAAACUCCCAGGAGCCUUAGAGCCCUAUCCAGCAGGGAGCAUUGGGCUAGUCUGA